GUUUACCAUUCAUUGACAUCUUCCGGUUCUCACUUAAAAAAAUUUGGUCCGCAUUUCAGUUACAGUUUCUCCAUUGAAGAGGAUACAACAAACUCCUUAAGCACGCUAUAAUAUUUUUUUCCUUGGAUCUUUCACUUCACCAGCAUGAACAAUUUUUUCAAGAAUUCAUGGACUAUCUUCAUUCCUCGUUUCAUAGCUCAAAACUAUCGUGGGUUCUCUCGGUUUGGAGCUGACUUAGAACCAGAAUCAUGGAAAUCAAUGGAGGGUCUGAUUCGUUGCUCGGCAAAUUUUGCUCCUUUGACUCCAAUAACCUUCUUGGAGAGGUCAGCAAAGGUUUACAGAGACAGAACGUCACUUGUGUAUGGUUCUUUGAAGUUCACAUGGAGUGAAACCCAUAAACGUUGCCUCAAAGUCGCUUCUGCUCUGACCCGGCUGGGAAUUUCUCCUGGAGAUGUUGUUGCGACCCUCGCACCUAAUGUUCCUGCAAUGUAUGAGCUGCAUUUUGCAGUUCCAAUGGCUGGGGCGGUUCUAUGCACGCUUAAUUCACGCCACGACUCAGCAAUGAUGUCAGUCUUACUUAGACAUUGUGAAGCAAAGAUUAUAUUUGUAGACUACCAAUUACUUCCAAUUGCUAGUGGAGCACUUGAUCUUCUUGUAAAGGCACAAGCAAAACCACCCAUUUUAGUCUUAAUUUCUGAAACUGAUAUGUCAUCUCAUACAAACUCAACUACAAAUGGUUAUGAUUAUGAAAGUCUGCUUGAAACAGGUGAUAGCGGAUUUGAAAUAAGACGACCAGAUAAUGAAUGGGAUCCUAUUAGUGUAAAUUAUACUUCUGGAACAACGUCACAACCUAAAGGGGUUGUUUAUAGUCACAGGGGAGCCUAUCUCAAUUCCCUUGCAACAGUUUUUCUUCAUGGGAUGGGCAUAAUUCCUGUUUACCUGUGGACUGUGCCUAUGUUUCACUGCAACGGGUGGUGCCUCCCUUGGGGAGUGGCAGCUCAGGGUGGCACUAACAUAUGCCUCAGAAGAGUCGCUCCGAAGAGCAUAUUUGAGAGUAUAGCUUUGCAUAAUGUAACACACAUGGGAGGAGCACCAACUGUUCUUAACAUGAUUGUGAAUUCACCUUAGAGUGACCAGAGGCCCCUUCCUCACAAGGUGGAAAUUGCAACGGGCGGUUCACCUCCACCUCCACAAAUCCUUUCUAAGAUGGAAGAGUUGGGUUUUAGCGUAACUCACUUGUAUGGCCUUACAGAAACUUAUGGUCCUGGAGUUUACUGCACAUGGCAACCUGAAUGGAAUUCCUUACCUCUAGAAGAGCAAUCAAGGAUCAGAGCCCGACAGGGAAUGCAGCAUCUUGGUUUGGAGGAGGUUGAUGUAAGAGAUUCUGUCUCCGUGGAAAUUGUACCAGCUGAUGGUAAAACAAUGGGUGAAAUCAUGUUUAGAGGAAACACUGUAAUGAGUGGAUACCUUAAAGACUUGAAAGCAACAGAGGAAGCUUUUAGAGGUGGUUGGUUUCGAAGUGGGGAUCUUGCCGUGAAGCAUCCUAAUGGAUAUAUAGAAAUAAAGGAUCGCUUGAAAGAUAUUAUAAUUUCUGGUGGAGAGAAUAUAAGCACGGUUGAGAUAGAGACAGUUUUGUUUAGUCAUCCAGCCGUUCUUGAGGCUGCAGUUGUGGCUAGACCAGAUAAUCACUGGGGACAAACACCUUGUGCAUUUGUAAAGUUAAAGGAGGGAUUUGAUGUUGAUGCUGAAGAAAUAAUCCAGUUUUGCCAGGAUCGCUUGCCACAUUACAUGGCUCCCCGGACAGUCAUUUUUGAAGAUUUGCCAAGAACUUCAACUGGGAAAGUGCAGAAGUUUAUACUGAGAGAAAAAGCAAAGGCUUUGGGCAGCCUUUCUUGACACUAAAACAAGGAAACAGCCAUGUUUGUUUGGCAGAUAUUGCUUACCUUCUACUUUACCUCAAAUUAUUAUAUUCUUCAAAAAUUGUAGAGCCAUAAUUUCAAUUUGUACCUCGUAUUGCAUUUGUGUUGAAGUUGCUAUUAUGCAGCUGAAAGUAAUGUCAUUUGUGAUCAUACUGGAUAUUAUUCUUUCAUGUGGUUUCAUGUGCUGGAUGUUGAUUCAA